AUGACUGAACAACAGGAGUCUAAGCGCUUUGCUCCCAAGGUCGCAGUCGAGCUCGACCCUCCUAAGGAUGACCUCAUCUCCAAAGAAGAAUUGGCCAAAUGCGACGGUAGCGAUCCCAGCCGUCCAACUUUGGUCGCUAUCAAGGGCAUUGUCUUCGAUGUGACUCGCAAUGCGGCUUACAGCGCCACUGGCCAAUAUCGCGUGUUCGUCGGAAAGGACUCCUCCCGCGCCCUUGCUUGUUCUUCGCUCAAGCCCGAAAACUGUGUUCCUGAGUGGUAUGACUUGGGCGACAAGGAAAAGACCACGCUGGAUGAAUGGUUCACCUUCUUCAGCAAGCGGUAUAACAUUGUCGGCAAGGUUGAAGGCGCCACCAACUUUUAA